AUGAUUACCGGCAACCCAAAGUUGCUAGCUGAAGUGCUGAAUAUACCCAUUGUUAAACAAAACAAUGGCGGCCAUGUCGCCUGGAAACCCUGGUUGGAUGAUGGCACUAUUUUUCGUCACGCCUCUUUGGAACUCAACCGCGAAGACGCCGCUUUCUUGUUUAGAUCAUUCCAUAACGACGUGUCUCCUAUAGCCACCAGAGAUCAUACACCGACAAUUGUUCUUGGAGAAUCCGACGUUUCGCCCUGCCGUUUCCCCUUUGAGUGGGCGGGAAUGGAGGUGGCGCCACCGUAGAUGUUUUUGGUCUGAGGAUACGCGGAGAGUGGUUGAUUGACAGGCUGCUUUAUGGUCAUUGUCCGUUAAGAUUUCAAAUCCAAGCAUCCUUCCACCAGACCCGAAAAUUCGAAAAUUGAAGAUUGCACAUUGACACUCAAAAAGUUCUCCAGAUCUAUGAUGACGUGGUGCAUAGAAUAAACAGA